GUGGUUAUGACGUCACUACGGCGCGCUAAGACCAAAGUGCACUUUCACUUUGCUCAAAAAGUUGUGAUAUUUAAAAAAUGUAGAAAGAAAACGUCAUCGUGUUUUUAUUAAACAGUUACAGGAGCGGUAACAUGUGGAUUCUAACACCCCUGCAGCCUGGAGGACAAACCCACUAUCUCCAGUCCGGUAAAAACUAUGUGGUCGGAAGAAAGAACUGCGAUAUCAUUCUGUCUGAUGACCAGUCCAUCAGCCGGGCUCAUGCGCACCUCAGCAGCUCGGAGAAGACACUAACUGUAAAAGACAUGUCUAAAUAUGGCACUUCUGUCAACGAACAGCAGUUGGCCCAAAACACUCCAGUAAAUCUAACGUCUGGGAGCAACAUCACAUUUGGAGUUUUUAACAGCAAGUUCAGAGUUGAGCAUUUGCACCCGGUGGUUUGCUCUUCUUGUUUGGACAACAGUGGAAAAACGUCUCUCUUGGGGGCACUGCAGCUUGUGGGUGGGAAACUGGUGGGAACAUGGAGCCAGGACUGCACACACCUGGUCAUGUCCAGUGUCAAAGUCACCAUCAAGACGAUUUGUGCUCUUUUGUGUGGAUGUCCUAUUGUGACACCAGAGUUUUUCUCAGCUCUUCAGGCUGCCAUCGAAAACAAGUCACCUCCUCCUGAAGCUGAGAGGUUCACACCUGAAAUAAACGAGCCCAGCUUAAACAAAGACAAAAUUAAGAUUGGCGUGAUUUCCAAACGCAGAGAGCUUUUUACUGGGAAGACAUUUGUUUUCCUAAAUGCCAAACAGAUGACGCGCCUGAGUGCAGCAGUGUCUUAUGGAGGGGGCAGCUGCACACUCCUGGACGAGAGCUCACUGCCGCGGGACAUCCUGGAGUCUCCUCAGAGCUGUGUAAUUGAUGUCACAUCCUCAGCCUCUCAGCCUGUGCUGUCCUCCUCCACCAUGGACUGGGUGAACACUGUGAAGAGCAUUGUUGAAAAGAAAGGUCUGAGAGUUAUCACAGAAUCUGAAAUUGGAGUAGCGGCCAUUUACGCAUCAUGUAAAGAACACUGCAAUUCCUCUCGUGUGGCAGAUAGCGAUUCUGUAUCUAAAAUGAAGUCCAGGAUCCCGAGUGCGUCUCUGACUCAGAGUGUAGCGGUGGAUGAAACUGUGUUACCGGCUCCAUCGCUGAACAUCACGGCCUACGCAGCCAACACAGAGCCAUCACAAGGGUUGAAUAUCCGUCAAGUUUCGGGGGUGUUAGCCGUGGGAGAGACACCAGAAAAACGGCUCAACUCUAAAAAUUCUGGAACAGAGAGGAAAUCGCAGUAUUUUGUGCCUGAAUCACAAAACAUCUCACUCAAUGCUAUGGAGCACACAGAGUCAAAACGAACUAUAGAGGAAUCUAAACUGACAGAAGAAGAACCUAGUGGCAUUCGACCACAGCCGACCUUUGCAAAACCCAGCAGUGGUACAAAGAUUUUAUCACAAAAACUGCCCCUUCAGAAAAUAAAGACUUUUGGACAAGGAUCACCUCAAAAACAGUCACCUCAAAAGCAGUCAUCACUCACAAGCUUCUUUCAGCCGAUCAACAAGAAAAGGCAAUUGGAGGAUGACUUUACUGCAGAGACGUCCCAACCAAAGCGAACUGCCCGGGAUUCUUUAAUAACCUCACAACCUCCACAAACUUCAAAAGAAACUCGUUCAGAAAAGGCUCCAACAGACCUGUCGCAGAGCUCAGGAGGGGAGACUCAAAGCAAAACACAGGGUCAGAAAAGGAAGGAGAUGGAUGAUAACGAACUGGAGGAACUAGAAUCAUUAAUGUCUGAAGAUAUGGACUGCUUUGAUGCACCACCUCCAAGAAGCCAAAACCAGGCAAAAAUGCUCAGUUCAAAACGACAGAAAGAACUGGAGGAACUAGAAUCAUUAAUGUCUGAAGAUAUGGACUGCUUUGAUGCACCACCUCCAAGAGGCCAAAACCAGGCUAAAAUGAACACUACAAAACCACAGAAAGAAGUUAGUACAGCUGAAGUUUCCAGGAAAAGACCGAGACUUCAGGAGCAAAACAAGGAAGACAACAGGAAAAGUAAACAGUUUGAUUUGGAAAAACCAUCAACUUCGAGCAGUACCCCAGCAGUUAAAAUUAAAGCACAAAAUAUAUCUAUAAACAUUGAUGCAUUUGAACAUACAAAAGAAACAUAUGACAAUAGAAAGUCCAGCAAUCCACCAGCUAAGCCACCAUCUAAAACACUAGGUCGUAAGGACCAAUUCCUUUUCGCUGAUAGUAGUGACUUUAUUGAGGAUGAAGAACUCCUCAAAGCAGAAUCUGUUGAGAUUUCUAUAAAACCAGCAACUAUCAAACCGGAGGUCAAAAAAUCCAGCAAUCCACCAGCCAGGCCACCAGCUGUGAAGAAGCCAAACAAAUCUCCUUUCACUGACGAUGAUAUUGGUUUUGUUGAUGAUGAAGAACUCUUAAAAUCAGAAGCCACUCAGGUUCCUAUAAAACCAGUGAAUAUCAAACAGGAGCUCAAAGAACCAAAGAUGGACGACAGCUUGCCCAAGAACUUGUUGCUGGUGGUUAGAGAUCUCCAAGUGUCAGAGCUUCCUACAAAAGUGACAAAACAGAAGCAGAGCAAUGGCUGCACAAAGAACUUCAAAUGCUUCCGUAAGGGGCAGGUGCAUGGUGUGGCCCCUGUGAUCAGAGGGGCAGAUCUUCUGGCUCAUAACAGGGGCAGAAACUCAGAUCUAGACGAGUGGCUCAGAGAUGCUGUGGAGGAGGACCAACAGAGUCGACGAGAUGAGAGCGUAGGAGACGACCUCUUCAGGUAUAACCCCAGUAAACUCACCAGAAGAAGAUGAGAUUGUCUCCAUUUGGUACUUUUGAAAUAUCUGGACAUUUAUGAGAGAGCUAAUCAUUGUUGAAUAAUGUUUUAGUGUUUCACUGUUCCACUUACUUUCACCAUAUGUUAUCAUACAUUAUUGUACAAAUUAAGUAUUCCGACAGCAAGAAAUGUAAAAAAAAAAAAAAAAAGAAAAAGUUUUUUCAAAACUUUUAUUUGUCAUGAAUAAAAAACAGUACAUACAAACAUCAAAAAGUCUUUAGUUUACCAAGAGCUUAACGCAUUGUAAGCAUUUUUUCAGACUGAAGUAUGUCCAGUGUGCUCAGCCCCAUGAAUAAUCAAGUGUUUAAAAUGAACUUUCAUGAGCCCAUUUUCCAUCAGGCACUUUACAGAUCUGCUCAGAUGAGAGUUACGUCUGCGUUCACUGUUAUGUCUGACUAUAAGUGAGGAGACCUUGAGCACUUUUAGCUUAUUGCUUCAUUAAAUCAAAUAUUCAAGUGAAAAAUAAGCUAAAUUUACAGUCAAGGAUUGUCCAGUUUUCCAUCAUCUAGUCUGUCUUUAGAAGUACCUGGGGCCUCAUUUAUUAAGCUGUGUAUGCAUGCUAAAAGCCAUAAACAUAGUAUACAUGUUCAUAUUUAUAAAACCAUGCACGCUCAAUGUAGCCCAAUGCUAUUUAUGCAUGCACAUACAGGUCUGUGCAGUAAAGGGAGUUUUGUGUGGAAAGUGUUAUAAAGAGACUUUAUAAAUGAGGCCCCUGGUGUGAACCAACAAGCAGCUGCUAGUCAUUAAGCAAACACUCAUAUCUGCAUAUUUCUAUUGAAAUAAAAGUAAAACUUUAAACAAACAUUUCCUCAAUAACUUCUUUGUACUACUUAGCACAAUUGUGUUAGCACAAACUAGCCAUGUUAACCAGCUUAAAGCUUAAUCCUCACCAAGAUGACCAAACAUGAUGAAGGCUACCUAUCUA